AUGGCCUACAUUGAAGAGUAUGCUUAUGAAAUCAUUGAUAAUAUGGACGAUGCUCGUAUAUGUACCCAAUUGUUAGCCGAAGAAUUUUCUCAACAUGAACGGUUGACGAGUUUUUACAAGAUUCCAGCACAAUCAUUAUUCGAUGCUUUAUUGCCAAGAAUAAAAGAUCUACUCGGCCAACGAUUGUCGUUUCUUGCACAACAUCGUCCAUCAGGUGAAAUUGUUGGUGCUGUUAUAGCUGAUGAUCUCUAUGAGAAACAUAAGAAUUAUUCACCCGAUUCUCCUCCAGCAACGUAUCCUAGUCGUGAUUUGGUCAAUGAACUGACUAAUCAAUUCAUUCAUAAUGAUUUUGAUCAAGAAUUAAAACCGCACCUGGUCGCAUACAUCUUGUUGGGCGCUACUCGAGCCCAGCAUACAGGCAAAGAUGUAGGUAGUAGAUUACGUGCAAUGGUAUGUAAUCAAGCACGCAUUCAAGGAUUUCAAUAUGUACUGGUACAAGUAUCAAGUCCAGCAACACGUCAUAUCUAUACAAAAAAAUUGGGCGGCAAGGAAUUGAGUGUUAUCGAUCCGACAACGUGGAUCUGGAAAAAGAAAGGCGAUGGAUCGUGUCCAUUCAAGGAGUGUCAUGGUGAUCCCAUACCAAAUAUUCUUAUUCGAUUAACAUCAGAUAGCAACGAGUGA